CCGUCUCUUAUAAGCCAGAAGAAUUUUCUCUCGCCUCCUCCCCCUCUGCUCCCCCCGUCUCUCCUCCGAUCUUUCUCUCGUCCCGUUGUUCCCUCCCCUCCUCUCGUUCGGCCUCUGCCCUGUGAAGUUACCGUCCUGCCCCCGGUGGGCCCCACGGCCAUCAAUCUCCUGGAGAUUUUUUUUCCUCCUCCCGGUUGUUUUUAUUUCUUUCUUUUCUUUGCCUCUUCCGCAUACAUACAUAUCCCAUCACCAGAAACCGCUUUCCUCUCCAUCGACGGCUCCCCUCGGCUGGUGCUGCUGACGUGGCGGUGUCCCGGCCGUCGAUAUGUCGCUGAGCGAGAAGCUGGAAGCGGCGCGUAUCGCACUGGGCAAGCGCAAGGAGCGGGAGCUGCAGCAGCUGGGCCCCGCCCCGGCCCCGGCCCUAGCCCCAGCGCCUGCAGCUAAAGCCGAGCUGUCCAAGCCGGCUCGGGCCGGCAACAACAACAAGCUGCUAGCCGGUAACCUGGCCCACGAGUUCCUGACCCACGGCACGCUCCUGGGCCGCCGGAUCGAGCCGAGCCACCACCACCAACCCGCUGCCUCGGCCGCCUCCCCGCGGCCCGAGCCCGAGCCGAAGAGGAGGUACGCGGAGCUGUCCUGGCUGCUCAUGACGAACGGGGCCCACAUCCCCGGCGUCGUCAACCCCACGCAGCUCGGCCGCUGGCUCCAGAUAAAGGAGUGACGCCCGCCGCCGGCCGCCCCCAUCGGCGCCCACAAGAACCACCACCAGGAGAACGAGGAGGAGGAAGGGCAGCAGCACAUCAAGACAAAGCGGUUUCGUCGUUCGCCUCGCCUCUCCCACCCCCUCCCCUUGUCUUGUUUCCUAGAUCUAGCGAGAAAACUUGUUGCUGUUGCUGUUGUACUUAGCGCUAUCCGUUCGAUGCAUUGGCACUGCUAGUCUUUAAUUUCUUCUACUAUUACCGUGUUUGCGUAUCAUUCA